GAGGACGAGUAGUACAGAUCCCACCAAAGUCGACGAGACGACCAAGCUCUUCUUCCUCCCUGCGAACAAAAAAAAAAAUCUCCUCCCCGCGUCGAAUUCGAAGGGGAGAGAGCGCCGCGAGCGAGCGAGUUUGGCGGCGAGAUGGGCUGCUGCAGCAGCCGGAGCGCGGACUCGCCGGCCAGCCGCGUCACGCGCUGGCGCUCCACCGGGAUCGUCGCCCUCCGCGACGCCAGAUUGAAGGUAGUACCAAAUGAAGUUCUACAAGUAGGGAAUUCCCUGAGGAUUCUGGAUUUGACUAACAAUAAGAUAGCUGAGAUUCCCCAGGAAGUUGGCACACUCGUGAAUAUGCAAAGACUUGUUUUGGCUGGUAAUUUGGUUGAAAGCAUCCCAGCUAACAUUGGAUAUCUGCGGAAUCUUAAAAUCCUCACACUUGACAGAAAUAAGAUCUCUGUCUUACCUGAAGAAUUGGGUUCUCUAUCAAAUCUUCAACAACUCUCUAUUUCUCAGAAUUCUUUAUCACGCCUGCCUAAGAGUGUAGGAGAUUUGCGCAAUCUUGUUACAUUCCGUAAAGUUUCUUCUUUACUAAUGUUGCUACUCAAUGUAUCUGACAACAAACUAAUUGCACUUCCUGAAUCAAUUGGAGGUUGCAGUUCCCUGGAAGAAUUGCAGGCAAAUGGAAAUUCAAUUGAAGACGUGCCUUCAUCAAUCUGUAACCUUGUUUGCCUCAAAUCCCUAUCAUUGAACGGGAAUAAGAUUCGUCAGCUUCCCCAAAACCUACUGAAAGACUGCAAGGCUCUUCAGAACAUAUCGUUGCAUGACAAUCCAAUCUCGAUGGACCAGUUUCAACAAAUGGAUGGCUUUACGGAAUUUGAGGCACGCCGAAGGAAAAAAUUUGACAAACAGAUUGAUUCAAAUGUCAUGAUGAGUUCCACAGCACUGGAUGAAGGCAUUGAUUUGAACUAGUUUUUCAGAAAUUUUAUUUAGUUUAUAAUUACCCCAUUAGUCAAAAGACCAACUGUAAAUCUAGUGUACAUAUUAGUUUUUCCGAUACUCUGAUUUGGUAAAAAGACAAAAAAAUGUAUAACACACACUAAUGAAUGAACUGUGUAAUUUUUGCAAAUAUUCAAUGAAUUAGGUGUACAUCACCAUCUUUGAUCUA